AUGAAUCACUUGGGUUUUCUGAUUUUGACUUUUGUGGCCUUGGUUGGUGGGCACCUCAACAAUACUGAACAGUUUAUUGAAGAUUUGAAAAAAUUCGGAAUUCCGGGAGCAUUACUGCUCAAUUCAAGUUCGCCCAACUAUGAACAAAAUUUGAUGGAAGUUGUCGAUAGGAAUGUGAGUUAUUAGAAUAAUUAUUUUGAAAAAAAACAAUCAUUUUCAGAAUGGUCACUUGAUAAAAAUAAUUGAAGCCUGUUCCGAUUUUCUAACCCGAAAUUUGUCCGCGUCUGAUGCUUUAAACAUCAGAGAAUAUAUUGACCGGCAAUCAAAAAAAUAUAUAAUUCUCAUGCCAGAGUUUGAUGACUUUAAUGAAACUUAUAAAAAAACGAUUGAAAAGCUUCUGGAAAACACCAAAGAUCCGAUGACAAUUUCAGUAAGUUAGAGAGGCCAGAGACCCUGGAGAAUUUGAAAAUUUUCAGACAAUCCAAAUUUGUAAAAACGCCCCAGCUUUUCAUCGCAUUGCUUCAUUUCGACAUUUUUUCCGGUGGUUCGAGUCAAAAUCGGUAAUUGUUAGUUUGUUUUCGUGAAAAAAAAUGUUUUUUUUUCAGUUGAAUAUAAUGACCAGAUGUUAUAAAAAACAAGAUUUUGAUGAAAUGGUAGAUAUCAUAUCGCAACAAUUGGAUCAUUUAUAUUAUUUUGAUAGAGAUAAUCUCGAAAAGCAUUCAGGUAGUUUGCGAAAAAUGUGCACGUCAUCAUCUUUGAAUUUGCUGGAAGAUGAACACAAGAAAAACGUUGUAGGUUUUCCCAAGAAUUUCGACGCCAUAAGUAGUAUUAUUUUUCAGUUCUGGAAACUUUAUGAAAACCAUUACUAUCGCGGAGCUUAUGAAUAUGCGAUUUACAAUACAAAUGUUUCAGAAUACAAUUUCUUUAUUGUAAGUUGAUUUUGUUAUAAAAAAUCUGGAGAAACAAGACUUUUUGCAGAUUCAAAAAGCAUCUAUUGUUUGUUGGCAAAUUGAACAAUUCGCACCAAGAGAGAUGUCUCAAAUCGAAAUGGUAGGUUAGAAUUUUGUAUGGGGAACCUUUUUUACUCAACACUUCAAACCUGAAAUUUAUUUUGUCCAUAGACAGCUUUUGGGGUCAUAAGAACACCCUAAAGAUUUUGUGGACCUCUGAGCCAAGUUCUGGGCUCUCAAAAGUUCAAAAAUUGCCAAACUUGGCACAUAAAACACGUCACUGAAUGAAUUUUCAUCCGAAAAAUAAAAAAUUCAAAAAUGUUUUUUAUCGAAGUACUUUUAGUUAAUCGCUAAAAAUAUUUGAAACUUCAUUUUUCCCAAAAAUUAUUUUGAAAUAGAGCUUUGAUGAGCAAAUUUUGGCAAUUUUUGAACUUUUGAGAGCCCAGAACUUGGCUCAGAGGUCCAUUGGGAGACUAAAAAUUUCAGGGCCCCAAAACCUGUCUAUGGACAAAAUUUCAUCAUGAUUAGAAGGGUUGAGUAAAAAAGGUUCCCUUGUGAGAAACCCUGUCCAAAUUAAUAAAUGUAAUACUAUAUAAUUACAGUAAUCCUUUAAAUUUCAGCAAAAUAAUUGGAUAAAUGUUCAACAAAUUAUUCGAGAAACAAUCGAAGAAACAGCAGAACUCGAAAACAAGUUAGACUUGCAACAUUUAUUGGAUUCAACGGUUAAAUAUGUUCAGUGGGAUGGCGAAAAAUAUACACCAUUUCUUGAAGCUUUCACCCAUUUUUGUGAGAAAACCGCCAAAGAAAAAGUGAAAAUCACAAUGUUCAGUGUAGUUGAAGAACGUUCCAAAAUAUUCAAAAUUUUGACCAAGACAAAUGUGAGUUUCGAAGCCCUGAGAAGCCUUCAGAAGCCCUAAAAUCUUUCAGUGUUGGAAUGAAAGUGCUCAUUUGAAACUCAAUGACCAAAUAAUCAGAAGUGCGAGCGGUUUGAUGCAAACAUUGGCACCAUAUUGCCAUUAUACUUUGGAAAAAGCUUGUUAUCAAAAAUUUGGCACAGAAACUGCGGCAUAUGAUUAUUUUAACAGGCCAUUCCGAAGUCUACCAUAUCGUCGUUAUGAUUACCCUCAACAUGCACAACAAAAUCCAUUGGAAAAACUGGAAAACUUGGCGAAACAUUUGACACUCAAAAAUUGA